CAAAGGACCUGAAACACUGCGCCGCCAUCUUUCCCUAGUGAAGAUGCUUUCUCGCUAUGCCAACACAUAGUGUAAAUAAACAGCGACUGUGCUGACGUUAUCUCGAAAGAAAUUUACAUUUUUAAGAUGUAAGUGCACUUCUGUCGAUUUCUGUGGCGACACUAAGGCGUAAAACGGUAGGUUUUUUUGAACUGAGCAUGAUUCUGAGAUCCUGGGGGUGGAAAACAAAGCCUCACUCAUAAGGUUAUCGCCGCCAGCUAAACGGUAUAAGCAUUUUCAAAAUAUGUACGAGAAAUAACAACUGAGACUAUUAGGGCAGAAAAGGUGGCGGAGUUAGGGGAAGUGGCUAAACUAAAAUUCCGAGGCACUUUGUUCUUGAAGCAUGUUUUGUGUACAUCAAGUCCAGUUCCCAAACAGCAGAGAAGUAACGAUCCUCAAUGAGGAGCUUCCGGGCUUGAGUAUAAGAUAGUGGUUUCAGGACUGAUUACGCAGGGGGGGCGGACUUGCCUUUGGAAUGCAGCAAUCAAAAACUGCACGACAAAAAUCGGCCAAUCGUCAAGCCCUAGAAGCACUUCCGCAAAUUGCGACGGAAGCCUGAGAGCUGCUGGCCAAGGUCCAAUCAGAGCGACGCGUUUCCUGUAUAAAUACCAGCGCCUGCAGCCUUCUCCCCUCGCUUCUUCACUAUGGCUCGCACCAAGCAGACGGCCCGCAAGUCCACCGGCGGCAAGGCCCCGCGCAAGCAGCUGGCCACCAAGGCCGCCCGCAAGAGCGCCCCGGCCACCGGCGGCGUGAAGAAGCCGCACCGCUACCGGCCCGGCACCGUGGCGCUGCGCGAGAUUCGGCGCUACCAGAAGUCGACCGAGCUGCUGAUCCGCAAGCUGCCGUUCCAGCGCCUGGUGCGCGAGAUCGCGCAGGACUUCAAGACCGACCUGCGCUUCCAGAGCUCGGCCGUGAUGGCGCUGCAGGAGGCCAGCGAGGCCUACCUGGUGGGUCUGUUCGAGGACACCAACCUGUGCGCCAUCCACGCCAAGCGGGUCACCAUCAUGCCCAAGGACAUCCAGCUGGCCCGCCGCAUCCGCGGGGAGAGGGCUUGAGACCUUUUCCACAUUGGCACAUCGACAAACUAAAAAGGCUCUUUUCAGAGCCAACUCCAUUGUCCGCAGAAGAUGCUGUAGUACUUGCGCAGCAUUAGGGUUUGGAGGGUGCUUCAUCCAGACGAUACUUCCUGGUUUGUGUUCAUCCACGAAGACUACUUUCACGGUACAAAGAUGUUUUUGACACUGGGUUUUCAGACCUGCUGGUUCUGGAACCCAACUUGUGCAAUAACUUUGAAGACAUUUGCAUGCCUUUCCCCUCCCGAGUGCUGGGUCUAAGUGCCACUGUGCCCGGCUAAAACAGAUUUACUAGGUAUUAAUAAAACACGACCUAGUGUUAGGUAUAAUUCA